UAGAAAUCAGAAAUCCGACAAGAAGUAACAUAGUCAUAGACACACAAACCAAAGCCUUCCUCUUCCUCUUCCUGUUCUCUGCCUCCUGAGGAACUCCGAGAAGAAAUUAAAGCCCGCAAAAGGAUUACAGAGACGACGAAGAUGAAACUGACAUGGAAGAACAACAACAACAAAAGCAGCAAGAAGCGCCCUGUGCCCACCACAUCAAAUUUACGAAACCUCCCUUUCGAUUUUGAUCAACAACAAAACCAAGACCAACCUAGUCCCACUACUACUAGUACCAAUACCAAUCCACAGUUGAAUGAGGAAUUGGCUUCUCUCGAUUCCUCUGACUCAUCUAACACCAAGCAACUUGCCCUGUCCUUUCAAGCACAAGGAGAUAAGCUAGCCGAGGAUGGAAAAUACAGGGAAGCACUGGGAAAAUGGGAGGCAGCUCUUACUUUGAUACCAGAAAAUGCAGUACUACACGAACAAAAGGCCCAAGUUUUACUUGAAAUUGGAGAUUCAUGGAAUGCUUUGAAGGCAGCCACUCGAGCUGCUGAAUUGGAGCCAUCAUGGGCUGAGGCAUGGAUCACUCUUGGCAGAGCACAGUUGAACUUUGGGGAGCCUGAUAGUGCUAUUGAAAGCUUUGAUAAAGCAUUAGCCAUCAAGCCUGAUUCUGAGGAGGCUCAAGACGAUAGGCAUACUGCAUCACAUCUUAUAAAAAGGCGAAAACAGCUUCAUUCAGCAGGCUUGAGUACUAGUCAAAAUCGUUAUGCCAUCAGUGAUGAUAAGACAAAAAGCUCCUGAGUUCAUAUGAUAGGAAAACAAAAUGUUUCUUUGAGCCGACCAGGAUAUUUAAUUGGCUAGGCAGUACAGGGUUGCAUGUGAAUUAAGCUUCUACUUGUUCAUGAGAGAGGUAUAUUUUUGGGAUGAAGGCAUACUAUAACUUUUUCCAUCUGCCAGGAAAGAUGAAAACUAGGGAAUCAGAACUCAGGACAUGCUCAUUCCAAAAACUGACACGUUUCUUUUGUAAAUUAUGAUGAGCUAAGUGCUAACCUAUAUUAAACAAGAUGGGGAAAGUGAUAUCUAUGAGCCUGUUAAACUAGUUUUUUUAUUUUUGGUUUAAUAUACCCCAGAUUAUUUCUCAGUAUGAAAUUGGUGGUUUGUAUAAUAGAAAGUGUUUCACAUUUUUCAGAGAAAUCCAGAAUCUAUUUCCA